CGGGAGCGCGACGUUCAGUGCGCAGCGCCCGGUGGACGGUAGCCAUGAGUGACCGCAAGGCCGUGAUCAAGAACGCGGACAUGUCGGAGGAGAUGCAGCAGGACUCGGUGGAGUGCGCCACGCAGGCCCUCGAGAAGUACAACAUCGAGAAGGACAUCGCCGCGCACAUAAAGAAGGAGUUUGACAAGAAAUACAACCCCACUUGGCACUGCAUCGUGGGAAGGAACUUCGGAAGCUACGUGACCCAUGAGACAAAGCACUUCAUCUACUUCUACCUCGGCCAAGUCGCUAUUCUUCUCUUUAAGUCUGGUUAGAACCACGGACUGUUCCUGAAACUUGCAUCUGGACUGCACACUAACUCCAGCCUGCUACCUUCGGCCUUCCUGAGGAAGCAGACCUUGAUCUUCAGGUCUUUUGUUGUGUUGUUAAGAGUCAGGGAUUUUUCUGUAGCAGU